AUGGAAUCGAGUGAUUUCGUUAUGAUUGACGAGACAUCGUCAUCUUCAAAUUCAUCCUCAUCAUCGUCUUCAACUUCACCUUCGUCUAAAGUUACAAUUGGUAAAACUACGUCAAAUAAACGAAAAACUAUGUUAAUAAUUGAUGGUUAUCAUUUUCAAAUGAAAGAUUAUAAUAAAGGUAAAACUAUGAAGUUUUGGCGAUGUGCCAAUCGACUUUGUAAUGUUAUUUUGCAUACAAAUCUUAAUGAUGAAUUUGUGAAAUACUCAAACAAUAAAAGUGACCACUCACAUUUACCAAAUUCAGCUGCGUUAGAAAUACGAAAUUUAAGAGAACAAAUGCGAAAACGAGCUGAAAAUGAAUUAUUACCUUUGCAACAAAUUGCUGAACAAGAAGUGCGACAUGGUUUACUCACAGGUGAAGCUCUUGCUGUUCUACCAAACAUUCUUAAUCUUGGUCAUAAUUUACUAAUUAAUCGGCGAGCAAUGAUGCCUUCAAUUCCACGGUCAUGUUCUUUUACAAUUCCGGAUAUAUAUAAAAAUGAUUAUCUCAAUAAAGAUCGUCUUUUACUACACGACAGUUAUGAUCUACAAUCUUCCAUGAACGAUUCAUUAUAUGCACGACCUGAAGGAAGAAUUCUCAUAUGGUCAUCAGCUGCUCAAUUAAACUUAUUGUUUGAUAGUGAUAAUCUUUACAUGGAUGGAACUUUUUCUACAACUCCACCCAACUUUCAUCAAGUGUACAUCAUUCAAGCCGUUCAUCAUGAAUCGUGUAUCCCGGUGGUAUUCGCAUUACUACCGGAUCGAAAGGCAACAACAUAUAUAUAUAUGUUUGAUGUCUUAUUUUCCGAAGCAAAAAAAGUUAAUAAAACAUUCAGUCCUCUCUUAAUCAUGACAGAUUUUGAGCCAGGGGUUUCCCGAGCAAUUUCAAUGAUGUUCAAGGAAGAAACAACCCAAAAGGGUUGCUUCUUCCACUUUUGUCAAGCUGUAUAUAGAAAUGUGCAAUUUAAUGGCCUAUCAUCCACUUAUUUAGAGAAUCUUAUGGUUCGCAAUGUGAUUAGGCAAAUGAUGGCACUUGCGCUAGUACCUGAAGAACAUGUAGUAUCAUUGUUUGCUAGUCUCGGUAAAGAACUUGAUGAAGAUGAACGCGAUGAAUUAAGCUGUUUAUUUACAUACUUUGAACGUCAGUGGUUGCGAGAAACCUCGAUGUGGAAUGUUUUCAACAUUCGUGAUAAAACGAACAACUUCUCCGAAGGGUAUAACAAUAGGUUUAAAAAAAGAAUGCAGAAAUCGCAUCCAAACAUAUGGUCAUUUAUUGAUUCGAUCAAAAACGAAGUACAUACCGUUCAUGAUUUGAUCACUCAAAUCAAUUCUGGAAUGACACCUCGUGAGAAAAAAGCUCAAUCCAAAGUUGUGGAAAGAAGAAUUAAAGAAUUAUAUAGUCGAUUCAAUCAAGGAAAAAUUACAGCCGAAGAUUUAUUACAUCAGCUUUCUUUUUUUGUUAUAAAAAAAUAA